AUGAGUUCACCAAAAAAGUAAUAAAGUUAAAGAGAGGAUCCAAUCUCUUGUAUAAUUGAACCUUCAAGAAAAUAUGGAGGUCUUUAUUUAGGCAACAUGGAAGCUGCAAGUAUUUGAUAAAUAAAUUUAGGUGAUCCAUAUACUUUAUCAUAAUAUUAAAUCAAAGCUAUAUUAACUGUUUGUCCUUAGAGUAUUCCUUCAUCAACAAAAAUAAAGUUAAAUUUUUAUCAUCAAUGCAUGGCUGAUGAUGAAGAUAACUAUUAAAUAAGCAAACACUUUGAUGAAUCAUAUAGAUUUAUUGAAGCAUCUCGUAUGUCUACAAAUGUAUUGGUACAUUGUUAAAUGGGAAUCUCAAGAAGUGCAGUUAUUGUUUUAGCUUAUCUAAUAAAAAAAGAUCUGAUUGGUGCUAGAGAAGCACUUGAAUAUGUUGAAAAGAGAAGACCAAUAAUAUUUCCAAAUAAUGGUUUUUUGAGACAGUUAGGGACAUUUGAACGAUAAGUGUUCAAUGAUUUAAUAAAUGACUCAAAUUAUAAUAGAAGAAUAGCAAGUCCAAAAUAAGUUGAGAGAGAUUAUAAACAAAGAUAAUUUGAUGAUGAAUUCGAAAUAAAGAUGUAAAGAUUAAAAGAAUCAAAUAAACAGUAAAUACAUUAGUAGUAUGAUAUACAGAAAUAGAAUAUCUAUAGAAAAUAAGAGAAUACUUUAUUUUCUAACUUAUACUACAAACACUAUUGA